AUGUGGACGCAUAGAGGCCUUUUCCACCUGCUUGGGUGGUGGGCACUGUUGUUGUUCGUCCUCACCCAAGCCCAGGACUGCAGCAGCGACAAUCCCUGUGCCACUGGAUGUUGCAGCAAGGACGGAUACUGUGGCAUUGGCGACGAUUACUGCGGUGCUGAUGUCUGUGUUGCCUCCUGUGACUACAAACCCGAUUGCGAUGCAUCCAACCCGUGCGCGACAGGAUGCUGCAACAAAUAUGGAUACUGCGGCCUUGGCCCUGACUACUGUGACUCGGAAGUAUGUGUAGCCGGAUGCGAAAGUAAAUCAUACUGUGACCCCGGUGGCUUCGGCGAAUUCUCCGAAGUGUCCAAGUGCCCUCUGAACGUCUGUUGCUCGAAGUUCGGCUUCUGCGGUCUGACCGAGGAGUUCUGCGGCAAGAAGAAGGUCAAGCGGCCGUCAUGCGAAAAGGCAGGCAGUCUGAACCGGGUGGUGGGAUACUACGAAGGCUGGUCGGUCAAGCGGCCGUGCAAUGUCUUCUAUCCUGAGCAGAUUCCCAUGGGUGUGUACACCCAUUUGAACUACGCCUUUGCCGCUAUUGACCCGGACACCUUCGAAAUCCAGCCCGCCAGCACCUAUGAGGGCAAUAUGAUGAAACGCUUGACAGGCUUGAAAAGGAUUGAUCCUGAUCUCAAGGUGUUUGUUGCCAUUGGUGGAUGGACUUUUAACGACCCGGGUCCGACAGCCACUGUCUUUUCUGAUCUAGCGAGAUCGAAAGAUAACCAGGAUAAAUUUUUCAACUCCUUGACGAGUUUCCUGGCGAAGUACGACUUCGAUGGUGUUGAUCUUGACUGGGAGUAUCCAGCGGCCGACGACCGUAGUGGUCGCGAGGAGGAUUUUGAGAACUUCCCCAAGUUCAUGGCCAACCUCAAAGAUGCAUUGAAGAAAACGGCUGGCCGAGAUGGUCUUAGUAUCACGCUCCCUGCGUCGUACUGGUAUCUCCAGCAUUUCGACAUUGUGAAGCUGGAGAAACACAUCGAUUUCUUCAACAUGAUGACAUAUGAUUUGCACGGUACAUGGGAUAAAGGUAAUAAGUGGUUGGGCGAGUACCUCCUUGCACAUACCAAUUUGACCGAGAUCACCAAUGGAUUGGAUCUGCUCUGGCGGAACGACAUUUCUCCCGAGAAGGUUGUGCUUGGUAUGGCCUUCUAUGCACGUGCCUUUACAGUGUCCGAUACGAGCUGUAUGGACACUGGCUGUCUGUUUGACUCAGGCGCCAAUGCCGGCAAAUGCAGCCACGAAGUGGGCAUCCUGCUCAACUCGGAGAUCAUUGACAUCAUGGACGAUGGCGACCUGAAGUCUGAACUCGACAAGGAGGCCGCCGUCAAGAUUCUCAAAUACGACACCAACCAAUGGCUCACGUAUGAUGACGGGGACACGUUCAAACUUAAAGCCGACUUCGCGCGAGGCCAGUGUCUCGGCGGCGUCAUGGUCUGGGCUGUUUCCCACGAUACUAAAGAUGGCAAAUUCACGCGUGCGCUAUCCGAAGCGGUUGGGCGAAAGGCCGUAGCGCUGGCCAUGACGUCGGAGAGUCCGGAUGACACCAAGGUGGUCAAAUAUCACCCGCAAUGCAAAUGGACGAAUUGUAUGAUCGACUGUCCCAGCGGGUGGUCGCGUGUUGCGCGAGGCGAUGAUGGUCACCGCACGGACGAGCAUAUGUGGGAUGAAACUGGCUGCGGUGGCGCCGGCGAGCACACUCUUUGUUGCCCCCCGGAUGCCGACCUGCCCACAUGUGGUUGGUAUACACACAACAAUGGCAAAUGUGACCCGACAUGUCCGGAUGGCAUGGUGGAAGUGGGCUCCAACAGCAUGUACUGCAACAAUGGCAAAUACCAGGCGGCCUGCUGCACGACGAACACCAACAGCACCAAGCUAUACGGACAGUGCUCGUGGUCAGAAUGGCCGAUGUGUGAUGAUGGAUCAUGUAGCAAUACCGAGAUUGCCUCCUCCACCACAGGCAGCGGCGGCGCCUCUUGCAACAUGCGUGCGGCGAGUUUAGAUGGAAGCAUUUGGGAAGUCCAGGAGCGCAAGUAUUGCUGUGACAAAAAGGAUGACGAACAAUGGGAGGACUGCGAGUGGAAGACAGAUAUUGGACUUGCCCUCGCUGGUCACGGCGUCAGCAACGGAUACUGUCUCAGCGGCUGUCCAGAUGAUACUGUCCGGGUGGCCCUGGAUAAAUGGGGAGGCGACUGUGUAGGUAGGGGCGCCCGGGCCAAGUGCUGCAAGGCCGAUUUCAACACCAUCACCAAGCGUGCGUACACCGACGAGGAGGAAGACCUAGCGGAACUAGUCCAGGAAUUCAUGGAUGAUCAAACCUGCGGCUCUAACAGUUGGUAUCUCAAGCGCGAGGUGGACUUCCAUCUCGAGCAUGGAAAUCUGACUUCCCUGGCCAUGCCUAUGCCGUUGACACGACGAUCCAGUCUGAAGUCGCAGGAGAAGAUGGAGGACCUGCUUAAAGCCAUUGCGGUUCAGUAUGGCGCCAGCGUCGUCAAGCGAGACAUUUGGGAUGAGUAUGUUGUCUCCGAAUAUGAAAACCUGACACCGGCGAAUCUCCGGAGUUGGAUCAAUGACCAAAUUACCACCAUAACCAAGGGCUAUUCCUACCUUGUGGAAUCUCUCAUCUGCAACAUGGCAUAUUAUAAUGCCGUCAUUGGUGAAAAGGAGGUCAUUUCGUGCGCGUGUGAGACCAAGGACUGCUGUGAUAACGAUGAUGAUUACUGCUCCAGCGAUGACGGAUACGACUACACCGAACUGUCGCUGUCGAUUCGAAGCCUGGAGAAGCGCGCUGGCUCCCGAUCAUUCGAUAUCACCUUCUCUGACGGGCGGACGAUGCAUUACACAUCGUUGGGGUACUGGAGUCGAGGCCAGGUCCCCGUGAAUCACCCUCUCAUGCAGCUUGGGUUUGAUUUUGUCGACCAAAAUGACUGCUUGCUGCCCGAUGUCACGCCCACAGCUCUCACCACGACAACCCGCAGAAGAUUCGCAGUCGAACACGAGCUGGAGCUCAAUACGAUCCGUCAGUUUAUUAUGGACGCAGCGAACGGUGUCCUCCGAUCUGGAGCAACGGCCCGGACCGGCGCCAUCUCCAUUACUUUCUUCGUCCAGGCGAUGACGGCCCCCAUCCUCAACAACCCACCGGCGAUGCUGGGAGGAACCCAAUCCUUCAUCCCAAUUGUUCGGGUCAUGAAUGCUCUUGGAAGUACCGCGAAUAACGGUCACUUUGUCUUCUUCCUGAAUGGUUUGAACAACAUGAAGCUGCAACUCUGGGUAGGCAAGGACCCGAUCAACUCAGGCACAAUGGACACCGCCAUUCAAGCCACCGAUCCUAAAACAGCCCUCAACAAUCUCCGAUCGGCCCUCUCCCUUAUUUAUUACCUAAACCAUCCUAUCGCGCACGACAACUGGGUUGGACCCGCAAACGACGUCCGCACUGAGUGGGCCCGCGCCGAAACGGAGUGGUUUGCCCAAGGCAACGGUCGAGAACAGGUGGUGGCAUUCUGGGAUGAAUGGCUGCGAGACUUCAUGAAUGGACGAGCCACGCGUAUCCGCAACUGGGUUCAAAACUGGGCCAGGCAGAUGUACGGUUACUGGGCUGUACGGACAGGCAAUGAUGCCAUACAGACCCUCCAGGCUCUGCGGACCAUCAACAGUCUCGCGUCGGAUCUGGAGAUGGAUCUGGAUGGACUCUACCAGGAGCCAUUGGACUUGGAUUGA